UCCCCCCGGCCGGCUCGGCGCUGACUCCGCCGCACGCUGCAGCCGCGGCUGGAAGAUGGCGGGGAACGACUGCGGCGCGCUGCUGGACGAAGAGCUCUCCUCCUUCUUCCUCAACUAUCUCGCCGACACGCAGGGUGGGGGGUCCGGGGAGGAGCAACUCUGCGCUGACUUUCCUGAGCUGGACCUCUCCCAGCUGGAUGCCAGCGACUUUGACUCAGCCACCUGCUUCGGGGAGCUGCAGUGGUGCCCAGAGAACUCGGAGACUGAAGCCAGCCAGUACAGCCCUGACGACUCCGAGCUCUUCCAGAUCAUCGACAGUGAGAACGAGGCCCUCCUGGCAGCGCUCACCAGGACCCUGGACGACAUCCCUGAAGAUGACGUGGGUCUGGCUGCCUUCCCGGCUCUGGACGGGGAAGACGCGCCGUCCCGCACUUCGGCUUCGCCCACCCCCUCCUCUGCACCUCCCAGCCCCAGCCCCUCGCUGGAGAGGCCCCAGGCCCCGGCGCCUGAAGUGGAUGAGCUCUCGCUGCUGCAAAAACUCCUCCUCGCCACGUCCCACCCGACUUCAAGCUCUGACAUGCAGAAGGAAGGGACCGCCUGGCGCCAGGCAGGCCUCAGGUCCAGGAACCAGCGGCCCUGUGUUAAGGUGGACGGCACCCAAGACAAGAGGGCCCCCACGAUGCAGUCUCAGAGCCGGAGUUGUACCGAACUGCACAAGCACCUCACUUCAGUGCCGUCCUGUCCCCAGACUGCAGCCCGCUCCCCAGACAGGGGCGUGUGGCCCCCACCCGCCCUGAGUCCCCAGCUUCCUGCCAAGGAGGAGGAGGAAGCUGGGGAGGACUGCCCGAGCCCCCAGCCAGCUCCAGCCUCGCCCCAGGCCUCCCCAGUACUGGGUGGAGCAGGCCCGGGCGCCCAGGGCUCCCGGGACGACACGCAGGCCAUGGUGCAGCUCAUUCACUACAUGCAUACGUACUGCCUGCCCCAGAGAAAGCUGCCCCCGCAGGCCCCAGAGCCAGCCCCCCAGCCCUGCGGCAGCCCCUCCAUACAGGCCAAGGCCCGGCCCCGGUCCCAGCACCCUUCCAAAGGCUCCUGGGCAGAAUUCUCCAUCUUGAGGGAACUUCUGGCUCAAGAUGUCCUCUGUGAUGUCAGCAAACCUUACCGCCUGGCCACACCUGUCUAUGCCUCCCUCACGCCCCGCCCCAGGCCCAGGCCCCCCAAAGACAGCCAGGCCUCCCCUGGCCACCCGUCCCCCGUGGAGGAGGUGAGGAUCACAGCUUCGCCCAGGAGCACUGGGCCCAGACCCAGCCUGCGCCCCCUGCGCCUUGCGGUGAAAGGACACGCCAGGCGGUCAGCCAGGCUGCAGCGGGAGGAGGAAGAGGAGGAGGAGGAGGAGGAAGAGGAGGAGGAAGAGGAGGAGGAGGAAUGGGGCCGGAAAAGACCGGGCCGAGGUCUGCCAUGGACCAAGCUGGGGAGGAAGCUGGAGAAUGUGGUGUGCCCCGUGCGGCGCUCCAGGAGACUGAACCCGGAGCUGGGGCCCUGGAUGGCAUUCUCUGAUGAGUCUCUGGUGCCCGCGGAGCCCCGAGGAGCUCUGCCGUCACUGCGCCUGGCUCCGGAGGCCUACAACAUGGAGGGGGCACUGGGCAGCCCCACGGACGAGGACAGUGGCCAAGACCAGCAGCUCCCACGGGGACCCCAGAUCCCGGCUCUGGAGAGCCCCUGUGAGAGUGGGUGUGGGGACACGGAUGAGGACCCCAGCUGCCCACGGCUCCCUUCCAGAGACUCUCCCAGGUGCCUCAUGCUGGCCUUGUCACAAAGUGACCCUCCUUUUGGCAGGAAGAGCUUUGAGCAGACCUUGACGGUGGAGCUCUGUGGCACCGCAGGACUCACCCCACCCACCACACCUCCAUAUAAGCCCACAGAGGAGGACCCUUUCAAGCCAGACAUCAAACACAGCCCAGGCAAAGACAGAGCUCCCAGCCUCCCCAGCCUGGAGAGUCUCCAGCUUGGGGCCACCACGGCGGCUGCCCACAAGCUGCCAAAGAAGCACCCAGAACGGAGUGAGCUCCUGUCCCACCUGCGGCAUGCUUCAGCCCAGCCAGCCUCCCAGACAGGUCAGAAGCGCCCCUUCUCCUGUUCCUUUGGAGACCACGAUUACUGCCAGGUGCUCAAGCCAGAAGGCACCCUGCAGAGGAAGGUGCUGAGGUCCUGGGAGCCAUCUGGGGUCCACCUUGAGGACUGGCCCCAACAGGGUGCCCCACGGGCUGAGGAGCAGGCCUCCGACAGGGAGGAAGACAAAAGCUGUGACGGCGGUGCCCCCGCCAAGGACAGUGUGCUACUGAGAGACCACGAGAUCCGUGCCAGCCUCACCAAACACUUUGGGCUCCUGGAGACCGCCCUGGAGGACGAAGACCUGGCCUCCUGUAAGAGUCCCGAAUACGACACGGUCUUUGAGGACAGCAGCAGCAGCAGUGGUGAGAGCAGCUUCCUCUUGGAGGAGGAGGAGGAGGAGGACGAUGAUGAAGAGGACUCAGGGGUCAGUCCCCCUCGCUCUGACCACUGCCCCUACCAGAGCCCACCAAGCAAGGCCGGUCGGCAGCUCUGUUCCCGCAGCCGUUCUAGCUCUGGUUCCUCCUCCUGCCGCUCCCGGUCACCAGCCACUCGAAGGACCUUCAGAUGUGAGAGCAGAGGGCCGUGUUCAGACGGAACGCCAAGCGUCCGGCACGCCAGGAAGCGGCGGGAAAAGGCCAUUGGCGAAGGCCGUGUGGUGUAUGUUCGGAAUCUCUCCAGUGACAUGAGCUCCCGAGAGCUGAAGAGGCGCUUUGAAGUGUUCGGUGAGAUUGUGGAGUGCCAGGUGCUGACCAGAAGCAAGAGAGGCGAGAAGUACGGCUUCAUCACCUACCGGUGUUCUGAGCACGCGGCCCUGUGUCUGAGGAAGGGCGCUGCCCUGCGGAAGCGCCAUGAGCCCUCCUUCCAGCUGAGCUGCGGGGGCCUCCCGCACUUCUGCCGACCCAGACACACUGACUAUGAUUCCAAUUCAGAAGAGGCCCUCCCUGCGUCCAUGAAAAACAAGUACGAAGCCAUGGAUUUUGACAGCUUACUGAAGGAGGCCCAGCAGAGCCUGCAUUGAUAACAGCCUUAACCUUCGAGGAAUACCUCAAUACCUCAGACAAGGCCCUUCCAAUAUGUUUACGUUUUCAAAGAAAUUAAGUAUACGAGAAGGCCAGAGCGCGAGCGCGUGAGAGAGAGAGAGAGAGACUUGAAACUGCUGUCCUUUUAAAAAAAAAAAAACAAAUCAAUGUUUACAUUGAACAAAGCUGCUUCUGUCUGUGAGUUUCCAUGAUGUUGACGUCCCACUGCCACUGUAGCGUCCUCGCUUCCGGCGGGCGGCCCCGGGCGUGCCUCCCAGUGCUGGAUCAGUCCCCCACGUCCCUUAUCUCCCUGACCGACUUCCCUCGUAGACGUGCAGCCGUGUUCACCAUAACAUUUCUUGUCCAUAGUAUGUGAUGAUGAAAUUGUUACUCGUGAAUAGAAUCAGGAUUAUAUGCUCAUUUUUAAUUGAAGAAAAAAAAUAUAUCCUUCAAAUAAUGUAUUUAUGGCUCAGACGUACUGUGCCUGGGAUUAUUGUAUUGCUUCCUUGAUUUUUUAACUAUGCACUGUUGUGAGGUGUUUGCCACUGAGCUGCUCUGCUUCCUCUGCCAGAAAGCUCUAGAGGUGCUGGGUGGCUGGUAGGUUGGUCCCCAGGGCAGUGUGGCCCGCAGCCACAACUCGGAGCAGUGGAGAGAGGCUUCUGAGACUUGCCUGCCAAGCUCUGCCCUGAGUCAAACUGAGUAUGCACAGGUCCAGUUCCAGUCAGAACCCUCACUGGGCGCCAGCUGGUGCUCAGAACUUGGGCCCGGCCUGGAGUGCUGGGAUCCUAGCAGACCUCAUAAGGCAGGCGGGGUGAGCCUCCUGAUCCUUGUUUUUCCAGGUGAGGCGGGCAGUGCCCCAAGAGGUGAUGGGCCUUGCCUGAGGUCCCACAGCCAGUGACGAGGCAGAGCAGUGACCCAGCCUAGGCCUCCUGAUGACUGAUCCCAUGCUGCUGCAGUAGCUUUGGGUAAAAAGGCACAGUUUCAGGGGCUGGUAGAGGUGAGGCCAGCUACGCUGAGCCACAGGCUAGAGGCCUCUGGGCUUACUUGGAGGGUUAAGUCAGCAGCUGGCUCCCCAGCAUUAGGCAGGUUUAGGCUCAGUGUUCGUCUUGACCUAGAGGGUUCUGUGGUUUGCCUACACCUGUGGACAUGCCACCAGAACUUUAGUGACACACCUGGAGUGGCACAGGCAGGUGAUCAGGGAACAGUCAUCCUUCUGGGGCCAGCCACGAACCCAUCGUCCUUCUACCAGCUCAUCUUUCCCAUUCCUUCACCUGUAGGGGGGUUCGGGUAGCAUGAGGCAGAGGGAGCGAGGCGGGGGCAUGUGAGGACUGGGGGUGGAUAAAACAAUUGCCAAGGUCCUUUCCAGCUUAGACAACAUUCUAAUUGGGCUUUACUUUAAAUUUUAUGUUCUUGAGUGAUGUCAAACCAUGUCUAGCUGGGAUGCUCUGCGGGUGCCUUGGGGGCCAUUUGUGAGGGCAAGUGUGACCAGGGAGGGUAUGAGCUUGUGACCGCUGCUUCAGAAAGAGCAGCUCCAACUUCAUCUUGUUCAGAUGUCAGGGUUCCUUGGGAAAUUUUUGUAUUAAAAAGAAAGAGAAAAGUUCUGCUUGCUUUAAACAUGUUUGAAAUUAACUCAUUAAACUCAACAAGCUAAUUCAGUGUGUUGCUCCUACCAGGCUUAGAACUUUGAGAAUUGGUAGUUGAUUAUUACUGUUAUUUUUAAAGUGAUCAAAUACCUGAGUAGUAAUGCUGGGCCAGUGAGCAUGUCCUGGGAGAUGAGCAUACUCCAAGCCCAUGGAGAGGGCUGGAGGAAACGGGCUUUAGAAGGAAUAGGGAAUUUGAGCUCCCAUAUAUCCCUCCUGGGCCCCAACUUCCUUUUCUGUGAAAUGGACUGAGCGGGAGAAGUGGGCAAGUUGAUCCCUAAGGUCCCUGCCAGCUCUUAGCUUCUGCAAAGAUGGUAUCUAGCUCAAGAUGGCAAAAACAUGACACAUGUACCACUACUUCCACAUCCUUGGCCAGUGGCAGGCAUAACUAAACCACAGAACUCAUGUUCUUUGAGCUUGAGAGUUCAUUUAGAACUCUGAGCACAGUGCUCUGGACAGCCAUUAUUAAUGGGCCAGAGUUUAUCAUUUGACAUUCUGGUCUGAUCUUUUGAGAGGUUUCCAUCAUACAGAACCAAAUGGUGGCUGGGAUUCAUGCUGCCCAUCCCUUUCUAUCAUGUCCUGAUCUAUGAGAGAAAAUUUCCCUAAAGCCAUUCACUGGCAGAGACUCCCAAUAAUACUGUGACACAUAACCCCUACUUGAGUGUGGGGCACGGGGGAGCAAGCGGAAUAGCAGAUAUGAUAUGUUUGAGGGAGGUGGGGUUUAUGAGGAUGAACCAAACAAAGGGACUUCCACAGCACAGACCUGAACAUUGUAAAUUCCUUUUAUAGCUAUUCACUGCCUAGCACACAGUAGGCAUACAAUAAAUGGGUAUGGAAUGCACUACAGUAGAAUUUAAAUCUGCCUGCUGCCUCUCCUAAGUCCUAAUUUGCACCGAGGAGUACACUGAGGGUUUGUCCUGUGGAAGCCAGUAGGAAGGAACUCCAGAUUCAGAGUCUGGAGAGCUGCGUUGAGUUUUGGCUCCACCAAGAACUUUGUGACCUUGAGUCUUGCCUAAGUCACAGAAUCCCACCCCCACUCCCCUCUGCUGCAGAAGGAGUUGGGCUAGAGGUUCUCUAAGCCCCUCCUACUUGCUUGUUCCUCGUUUGCCCUAAGUCAGAAAUUCUCCCCUGGGCAGGUGGUAUGGGAGGGUAAAGAAAGGCAGAUUUUUAGUGGAAGACCAGUCUCUCCUCCCGUCUUCUGGGUCAGCUGAGGCUCCCCAUCCACUUCAGAUGAAUACAGGGCACUCAAAGUUACUUAGCCCCUGCCCCUAGAGCAGAGCAGAGAUCCAAGCUUGGCACCCGGUGGCACCAUGCCUCAGGUCAGGGCUGGCUGCAGGGGGAGAGGAUGCCGG